CAAAAAGGAGACAGAAAAGAAUACCACCCUAAAGUGCCGGAAUUUACGAGGAUGCCACUUUAUCUCGUCUCCUCCUCUCCCGCCGCCGCCAAGCUCGCCGCCGGCGCCCGGGCGUCCCUUCACGGCCGCCACCUCGUCCGCGCCCCCCACGGCCCGAGCCGCCGCGUCUCCUUGUCGUCGGAGGCAGCCGCGGGGCGUGCGGCGGGUCCAGCCAUGGCGGCGGCGCAGCCUGGCGCGUCGACGGCACCGCAAGCGAACUCCAGCGGAGUCAAGCAAGCACUGAUAUCAUUGUCGGAUAAAACAGACUUGGCCCAUCUUGGAAACGGUCUUCAAAGCUUGGGGUUUUCCAUCAUAUCCACUGGUGGUACUGCAUCAAGUCUGGAAGCAGCUGGAGUGACUGUUACAAAAGUUGAACAGAUUACACAUUUUCCUGAAAUGCUUGAUGGAAGAGUAAAGACACUGCACCCCAGUAUACAUGGUGGUAUUCUUGCCCGAAGAGACCAGGAACAUCAUCUGAAAGCAUUGAACGAGCAUGGCAUUGGGACAUUUGAUGUGGUUGUGGUGAACUUGUAUCCAUUCUAUAAUAAGGUUACCUCCGGUGCAAUUUCUUUUGAGGAUGGUAUCGAAAAUAUUGAUAUCGGUGGGCCUACAUUGAUCCGGGCUGCAGCGAAGAAUCAUAAGGAUGUUCUUGUCGUUGUGGAUCAUAAUGAUUACCCUGCUCUAUUGGAAUAUCUACAAGGAAAGCAACAUGACCAGCAGUUCCGUAAGAUGCUGGCAUGGAAAGCUUUCCAGCAUGUUGCUUCUUACGAUUCAGCCGUCUCAGAAUGGUUGUGGAAGCAGUCAAACAAAGGAGAUAUAUUUCCCCCAAGCCUUACUGUGCCCCUUUCGCUAAACUCUACACUUCGUUAUGGUGAAAACCCUCAUCAAAAGGCUGCUUUUUAUGUUGACAAGAGUCUUUCUGUAUUUAAUGCUGGCGGUAUUGCAACAGCAAUUCAGCACCAUGGAAAGGAAAUGUCAUAUAACAACUACUUGGACGCCGAUGCUGCAUGGAACUGUGUGUCAGAGUUUGAGAAUCCUACUUGUGUUGUGGUCAAGCACACGAAUCCGUGUGGUGUUGCGUCCCGGGCGGAUGUUCUUGAGGCCUACAGGUUGGCUGUAAAGGCAGAUCCUGUGAGUGCAUUUGGUGGGAUUGUCGCCUUCAACACCACAAUCGAUGAGGAUCUCGCCAGGGAAAUUCGCGAGUUUAGAAGUCCUACAGACGGCGAGACGCGGAUGUUCUAUGAGAUUGUGGUUGCACCUGGGUACACGGAGAAGGGCCUCGAGGUCCUGAAAGGGAAAUCGAAGACGCUGAGGAUACUAGAGGCGAAGAGAAGCGGGAAAGGGAUGCUGUCGCUCAGACAGGUCGGCGGCGGCUGGCUAGCUCAGGAGUCGGACGAUCUAACGCCUGAAGACAUCGCCUUCACAAAGGUUUCCGAGAGGGCUCCGACCGACAGCGAGCUCUCGGACGCCAAGUUCGCCUGGCUCUGCGUGAAGCACGUCAAGAGCAACUCCAUUGUGAUCGCCAAGAACAACUGCAUGCUGGGCAUGGGUAGCGGGCAGCCAAACAGGGUGGACAGCCUGAGGAUCGCCUUCAGGAAAGCAGGGGAAGAGGCCAAGGGCGCUGCCCUAGCUAGCGACGCCUUCUUCCCAUUCGCCUGGAAGGACGCUGUGGAGGAGGCGUGCGAGAAGGGCAUCGGCGUGAUCGCAGAGCCCGGCGGCAGCAUGAGGGACAAGGACGCCGUCGACUGCUGCGACAAGUACGGCGUCGCCCUCCUCUUCACCGGCGUCCGACACUUCAGGCACUGAAACCUGAAAGAGAGAACUAACCAAUUGGUCGACACUCGCGCCCACCAUUAUUGGAUCAGUAUGGUGGCUAGAAGAACAUGUCUGAGCUUUUUCUGUUUGCAAUAAAACGCACGCAAGCAGGGUUGAUCAUCUUGUCUCUGCACCAAGAGCUAAAGCCCAGCUGCCCCAGCAGAAACAACAACGAUAAUGUGCCAUUGAAAGCAGCUAGAAGCUCGCUCACAGUGUAAACCAACUGUUUGAGAGAAUCUCAAUGUACGGUAA